UAUAUAAAGAUUAAGUAGAUCAUGUUUGUAGUCAAGAAGCUUGAGGAAGUUAAAGGCGUUAAAUCGAAUUCUCCUCAGCGUUUGUGUGGUGCGUCAGAUGGCGCUGCUACAUGCGGAAGAGAAAGCAAGGAACACCGGGAAUGUCACGAAUCGGAAACCUCCAGCCGUCGCGCUUCUCUGCGCAUUCAAUCGGUGUUUUUGACUCAGAUGAGCUCAAGAGCUCAAGGGCAUGGGCUGGUAACAUGGGUUAGCGGUAAACUACGCUAAAAUAAUUCUGUAUCUUCCGCGUCUCCGCCGGGAAAAUGAAGUGUAUGCCCGUUUCGCUUCAGGUGCUCUCCGCAUCAACCGGGCAUUUUAUUACCAUCAUCUUCAUCUCUAAGAUCACAAACGACUGCCAACCUGAUGCAUUCUUUCAGUUCGCUUCGGUCCCAGUUUACAGAUACUGACAUGGAGUAUGAGAGGCCUAAUGUCGAGACCAUUAAAUGUGUGGUGGUGGGGGACAAUGCUGUGGGCAAAACACGUCUGAUCUGUGCUCGGGCGUGUAACGCCACUCUCACACAGUACCAGCUACUGGCCACGCAUGUGCCCACUGUCUGGGCCAUUGACCAGUACAGAGUCUGUCAAGAGGUUUUGGAACGUUCCAGAGAUGUCGUGGAUGAUGUCAGCGUGUCUCUUCGAUUAUGGGACACCUUUGGCGACCACCACAAAGACCGCCGCUUCGCUUAUGGCAGGUCAGACGUGGUGGUCCUGUGCUUCUCCAUCGCCAACCCCAAUUCUCUGAUGCAUGUGAAGACCAUGUGGUACCCGGAGAUCAAGCACUUCUGUCCUCGUGCUCCAGUCAUCCUGGUGGGCUGCCAGUUAGACCUGCGUUACGCUGACCUGGAAGCUGUUAAUAGGGCACGGAGACCUCUUGCCAGACCCAUCAAAGCGAACGAGAUUCUUCCUCCUGAGAAGGGUCGUGAAGUGGCCAAAGAGUUGGGCGUGCCGUACUAUGAGACCAGCGUGGUGGCUCAGUUUGGAGUGAAGGAUGUGUUUGACAAUGCCAUCCGCGCAGCUCUCAUUUCACGGCGCCACCUGCAGUUCUGGAAGUCUCACUUGCGCGACGUCCAACGGCCCCUUUUGCAGGCGCCUUUUCUGCCUCCCAAACCUCCUGCGCCCGUUAUAGUCAUCCCGCCGCCCCCGUCCACCGCCGAGGAGCACCCGGGCCGGCUGCUGGAGGAUCCACUGUGUACUGAUGUGGUUCUGGUCCUCCAGGAGAACCAGCGAAUCUUUGCUCAUAAGGUCUACCUCGCCACAGCCUCCUCGAAAUUCUACGACCUUUUCCUCCAGGAUGUGAAAGCCGAGGCUGACUGUAAGCUACCCACGGGACGGGAGCCUCCGGCACGGGCUGCCAGCUUUGACAUGUGUGAGAGCAGUGAUGAAGAAAGCAGGGUCAACCUCAGGGCCUGCAUCAGUGACGGGACUCUAAUUGGCGCAGUCUCCGAUGGGAUCCUUGAGGGCGGACGCGGGGGGCGGCUUUUGUCAUCUUUGGGUCGGGCUUUCGUCAGCAUCAGGAGAGAAACGGUCCAGGACCCCGUCACGUUCAUCUCCCGGCUGAUGACGGUUGUGGACAUGGACCCCUCUGUGUUGCUCGGGCCGUUUCGUGUGGUCAUGCGUUACCUUUACACGGGCCAGCUGGACGAACACGAGAAGGACCUGAUGCACAUCGCACACAUCGCUGAGCUGCUGGAGGUGUUCGACUUGCGCAUGAUGGUCGCCAACAUCCUCAACAAUGAGGCCUUCAUGAAUCAGGAGAUCACGAAGGCUUUCCAUGUGCGACGGACCAAUCGGGUGAAGGAAUGCUUGGCUAAAGGAACUUUCUCAGAUGUGGUGUUUAAACUGGACGAUGGUCCCGUUCAGGCCCAUAAACCCCUGCUCAUCUCCAGCUGUGAUUGGAUGGCAGCCAUGUUUGGUGGGCCUUUUGUCGAGAGCUGCACUAAAGAGGUAUUUUUCCCAAACACGACCCGUAGCAGUAUGCAGGCGGUGCUGGAAUAUCUCUACACGGGACGCUUCUGCUCCAGACCUGACCUGGACGCCAUGGAGCUCAUUAUUUUGGCUAAUCGCCUGUGCCUGCCUCAUCUGGUCGCCCUCACAGAACUCCAUACAGUGACUGUUCUGAAGGAGGCUGCUGCUGUGGGCACGGACAUCGACGGAGAUGUGCUGGUAUAUCUGGAGAUGGCUCAGUUCCACUGUGCCUACCAGCUCACUGAUUGGUGCCUUCACCACAUCUGCACCAACUACAACAACGUGUGCCGCAAAUUCCCCAGAGACAUGAGGGCCAAAUCAGCAGAGAACCAAGAAUACUUUGAGAAGCACCGCUGGCCUCCGGUCUGGUACCUGAAGGAGGACGACCACUACCAGAGAGCUCGGAAAGAGCGGGAAAAAGAGGACUACCUCUCCCAAAAACGGCAAAACAAGCGUAAAUGGGUGCUGUGGAAUCUUCCACCCUCCCCUUCGAACCCCUCUUCAUCUUCUUCAUCGUCCUCAUCCUCGGGCUCCUCUGCUAUCAUCUGAAGAGACGAGGGCGAAACCUUAGAGAUGGAGAAACUGUAAGGUGCAGUGAACACAUCCACCAAAUAUUUCUGGUUUCAGAUCAACAAGUCGUGCUUUGACGUUCUUGGUGCUUGAAGUCCUGCACUUGGAAGUGUACAGGCAUCACAUGUGACAUGGCCGGCAAGCAGGUCUAGAUAAACGGUUUACCGAAUGUGACUGUAGUAAAACACAUAGACAUUUCAUCUUAAAACAAACAAUGAAGAAACCUUGCUGUAAUUUUGUGAUGUAGAUCAGUGGCUCUCAACAGAUUUUGAUUCACAAAAUUAGACAUCAAAUGGCAAGGUAAAAAUUUGUUUUUCACAUAAAAAAUGUAUUGAAUUGAACACUCUGGUUGUAUAUUAUUUCUAUACUACUAUAGUAUUCAUUACCAUUUUGAUUCAGCCUUAAUUUUUAUAUUUUCAGUUAAUUUAGUAAAUUUGUGAUUUUUACCUUUUUUUGAUACUUAAAAAAUUAUAAGUUUUCAAAGCAUUUUUUAAAAUAAGUUUUUUAAUUGAUAUUUAGAUUUUAUUUGAUAUUUAUGUUUAUAUAUUUAUGUUUAUAUAUAUAUAUAUAUAUAUAUAUUAGUUUGACCUCAAAAGAGAUUUCUAAGAUAGUUAAAAUAAUAGUAUUUCAGAUAUUUUGCAAUGCUAAAUAUUUAAUAAAUAAUUUAUUCAUUAUUGAUCUACUAACUGAGAGCUACUGAUCUAAAACCAUUAAGCCUCAAAAGCAGAACUGUGGGAAAACUGAAGAGUCACCCAAAGAAACAAAACUAAACCAGUUUAUACAGAUCGCUUUGCAUUUUUAGCCUAUAAUAAUAUUCUUGAUUUUUAGCAUUGUACCUACAAUGACUCUGUGAUUCAUCCCCUGAAUCAUAUCACGUGUAUUCUCCUGAUUAUAACAGGCAUGACCGUCAGGUGAUCACUAGACUCUAGUGCUGAAAUUAAAUCAGAAAAUGUGAGUUCACCUCAUAAUUGUGCCUAGUCAUGUUAUUCAGAGAAGUCAUGGCGAGAUGUCGAUGCGUGUGUAUAUUAUAAUCAAGAUAUCCUUAGCAAAACUGAAGAAUAAAAACAUUUAUUUGCACAUGA